GUCUAGCAGGGACAGCAUGGCGGCUGGGGACAUGAACCGGAAAAAGCAACGGCGAGAUGUUUCUGCUACCACGGCUGGAGGGACCGGACGCAAAAGGCGAAAACUUCCAGUGGCAGAGGAGAAAUCCUGGCAGAAAGCUGGCUCCAAGCUGAAUGAGGAGAUCUCCAGUGACUCUGAGCCAGAUAGCCCUGCAAAGAAAAAGAACAAUGAAGCAGAAGAGGAGAUUGACGAGACACCACAAGAGAAGAAGUUGAGAUUAGCAAAAUUAUACCUAGAGCAGCUUCGACAGCAAGAAGAGGAGAAGGCAGAAGAAGAGGCCUUGGAAAGGGACCUGAUUGCUGGCCGACUGAAGGAAGAUGUGCUUGAACAGAAAGGGAAAUUACAGCGACAGAUUGCCAAAAGCUUGCAGCUUCCAGACGUAGCUGACAUCCGGGUUCUGCGAGGACAUCGGCUGCCCAUCACUUGUCUAGUCAUAUCACCAGACGAUAAAUAUGUAUUUUCUGCUUCCAAAGACUGCUCCAUCAUCAAGUGGGAUGUGGAGAGUGGGAAGAAGCUGCAUGUGAUCCGUGGAGGGAAGAAGGUGACAGAGGAAAGUCAUGGCCAUACAGCACACAUCUUGUCCAUGGCUAUCUCCUCGGAUGGUAAAUACCUGGCUACCGGAGAUAAGAACAAACUCAUUAUGAUCUGGGAAGCUGCAACCUGCCAGCACCUGUAUAAGUUCACAGGUCAUCGUGAUGCUGUGUCGGGCCUGUCUUUCCGAAAAGGCACACACCAGUUGUACAGUGCUUCCCAUGAUCGAUCGAUCAAAGUGUGGAACGCGGCAGAGAAUGCCUACGUGGAAACCUUGUUUGGCCAUCAGGAUGUGAUUACAGGACUGGACAGCCUGAGCCGGGAGUGCUGUGUCACAUCAGGGGGGAGGGAUGGCACUGUCAGAGUCUGGAAGAUUCCUGAGGAAUCCCAGCUUGUAUUCUAUGGGCACCAGGGUUCCAUUGACUGCAUCCAGCUGAUCAACGAGGAGCAUAUGGUGUCUGGGGCAGAUGAUGGGUCAGUCGCCCUCUGGGGUCUCUCAAAAAAGAAACCACUAACUACAGUGAAGCGGGCCCAUGGUUUCCAAGGUGCACAAGGCCUGGAACAGCCAUAUUGGAUCACCUCUGUUGCUGCCUUGCUGAACAGUGACAUUGUAGCCACAGGUUCUCACAACACCGGUGUGAAGUUGUGGAAGUGUGGAGAGGGAUUUCGGAAGCUGGAACCACUUUUUGAUAUUCCCCUGGUUGGCUUUGUUAAUAGUUUGAAAUUCUCAAACACUGGGAAUUUUCUAGUUGCUGGAAUAGGACAAGAACACAGAUUGGGUCGUUGGUGGAGGAUCAAAGAGGCCAAGAAUAGCAUCUGCAUUAUCCCACUCAAGAAGGCAGCAGCAGGCAACACAGAGAUACCUAUGGAAGGUUCUUAAUGUUCUCCCACAUUCUUU